AUGGAAGAUGGUGAAGCAACGACACUAUCCGAAAUAUACCGCUUUUUUGCAGUGUCAUUUCUAAUGACACGCAAUAAGAAGCUAUCCCUAGGGGAAUACUGGAGUGUAGACAAACUCCUACGUAGUGAUAUUUUUGGAGAGAUUAUGUCUAGAGACCGCUAUUUUAAAUUGCUAUCGAUGCUACAUUUUAGCCAAGAUAUCAGAUCUACCAAUGAUAAAUUAUAUAAAAUAAGGAACGUGGUCGAUAUGCUCCGAAAUAAUUUCAGCCAAUCAUUUUAUCCUUACCUUGACUUGUGCAUCGAUGAAAGUUUACUUCUCUAUAAGGGGAGACUUUCCUUCAAACAAUAUAUUCCUUCAAAGAGAAGUAGAUUUGGCAUCAAGUCAUUCAUUCUUUGUGAUUGCCGAACUGGUUUUGUACAAGACCUUAUUAUUUAUGCCGGGUCAUCGACUAUGAGCAACAGCCAAAAUAAGGAAAUCGGCAAAUCGGGAGCGAUAGUAGAAACACUAAUGGCGCCCUAUCUAGGAAAAGGACACACAGUUUUUCUAGAUAACUGGUAUUCAAACAUGGUGAUUAGCACUAUAAAUUCGACACGUAAAUCUAUGAAAUGGUAUCGUAAAUAUUUUUUCCAUUUGCUGGACAUAUGCGUGUGGAAUGCAUACUGUCUAUAUAAACAUAACACGCAACAACCGAUAUCUAUAGCCAAAUUUCACUUGGAAUUAAUCCGACAAAUAUUGCAAAAAUAUCAUAUGAACACUACUUAUCAUCAUCAAAGAGGCAAUAACAAUCCAUUACGGCUAAUAGAACGGCAUUUUCCCUCACUGUAUAAACCACCAAGAAAAAACCGAAAUAGAAGGUGCGUCGUUUGUACCGCAAACGACAAAAGACGCGAGACUCGAUAUGAAUGUAAAGAUUGUAAUGUUGGUCUCUGUGUGGAACCUUGUUUUAGAAUCUACCAUACAGAGUUAUAUUACUAA